AUCAAAUAUUUAAUAUAUGUAUACAUACAAAAAAAAUUGAAUUAAAAUUAAAAUACGUAUAAACUGCUACGUAUUUUCUCUUCUAUAUGUUUAUAGAUAUUUAAACAUUGUUUUAUGUUACUCAUUAAUAAAGUUAAUAGCCCAUAAUUUGUAUUAAUCAAGAAGAUAUUAAAAAAUAUCUAUCUCAUCUAAUAUAAUAUAUUUAUUAACGCAAAUGUCGAGUUAAAGGAAUAUAUACGUAUCUUAAAAUCAAUGAUUCUACGUUGUAAACAAGCCUUAGCAACCACUUUACUUCAGUAUAUUAAAAUUCUUUCUUCAUUCGUAUAAUAUACAUUUUAAGUAAAGAAUACGUUCUGUAUAAUCUACGAAUUUUUGUAGUAAUACAAUACAUGAUGAUAUUAUGCAAGCUAAAGUAAAUGUAAGAAUUCUGUGAUAUAAGGCACUCGAACAAAGAUGUGCUAUAAACUCCAUUAGCUCACGAGAUACUAUAUUUUUAUUGUACAUGUAUAAGACACUGGAAACGCAGUGCAGAUUUCAGUUUGCUAGCAUCGUUGCAAAUGAUAAGACUUAAUCGAGCGAUCUCAACUGAUUUAUAUUUUUAACACGGAAAUCAAGACACAAGAGACAAGACAUGGAUGAGACAACAAUCGAUUCGAUUUUUUCGGGAUCCUUGAAAUCCUUACCGCCUGUUAGUUCAAAAAUUGUGCGGAUAUUUACGAGCUCGACCUUUACCGACACAACAAUGGAAAGAAAUACUUUGAUGGCUCAGUGUUAUCCCAAACUCAAGGAUUAUUGUAGAGAAAAACACGGUUUAGAAUUUCAGGUGGUUGAUAUGAGAUGGGGUGUUCGUGAUGAAGCCACCGAUGAUCAUAUGACUACAGAGCUGUGUAUGAGAGAAAUAGAAAAUUGUCAGAGACUGUCCAUGGGACCUAAUUUUGUUGUAUUUCUCGGACAGAAAUAUGGAUAUCGUCCUAUACCAACAUAUGUUCUCAGUUCCGAAUUAGAGAUGUUAAGGACAGAAUUGGAUGGUCAGGGAAUGGACGUUAGUCUUUUGGAUAAAUGGUACAAGAAAGAUAGCAAUGCUGUACCGCCUACAAGUAUAUUACAGCCAAUUUCGUCUAUUCUUAAAAAUUUUAACAAUAAAAGAAUACCUAAGUUGCAACAAGAGGAUCAAGCAAUCUGGUGGGACACUAUGUGCAAAAUGCAAAAAUUAUUCAGAAAAGGCGCGCAAUCCUUAUUCAACACCGGGAAGUUUGACAAAGAUACAAUGCACAAUUAUUUCAUGUCUGUGACCGAGCGAGAAGUGAUUAACGGCGUGCUAAAUGUUAAAAACACGAAAAACCAUUGCCUGGCAUACGUGCGAUACAUAAAUAAUAUUAACCUUCAAAAUUUGAGGAAGGCAAGUCUGUUUCUGGAUAUAGCUAACAGAAGUUUAGAUAACGAAGCCUCGAAAUUGUUGGCUGAUCUCAGAGAUGAGCGACUACCGAAUAAAAUCGAAAGCACAAAUCUGCAGAGGUACACGGUAGAAUGGAUAGGACGAGAGGGUCUGGAUCCUGAAACUCAUAGCGAAUACCUUCAGCAUUUCAUCACUCACUUUUACAGAAACAUAGUGAAACUUGUGGACCGUGCCAUGAGGAAGGAAGACAAUUCCGCGCAGGGACAAAUAAUAACCGAAAUUUUGCAACAUCUGCACGCCUGUAAUAAUUCCGUAAAGGUGUUUUACGGGCGCGAGGACACGCUGGAGAGGAUAAAAAAUUAUAUGCUAGGUGACAGCGAUAAGCCAUUAGUGCUGUAUGGAGAAGGAGGAUGCGGUAAAACUUCUUUGUUGGCGAAAAGUGCAGGUUUGACUAGCAGCUCCUGGUUAACUGAUAAGAAACCAAUUAGCAUAAUUCGAUUCCUCGGCACUACUCCGGACAGCAGUGCGCUUACGCCCACGUUAAUCUCAAUUUGUCAGCAAAUUUCAUACAAUUAUGGAUUAUCAUUUGAAGAGAUCCCAGACGAUCUAGUGCCAUUAACAGCCUACUUUAAGUAUCUGUUGACCUUAGCUAACACCCAACAGCCCAUUCUGUUGUUUUUGGACAGUGUCGAUCAGCUGACAGGCGUACAGGGUAAUAAAUUGUCAUGGUUGCCUACGAGGCUACCACCAAACUGUAAGAUGAUUUUAUCCUGCGCAGCGGAAGAAUCGAAUCCGGUAAUUUCGAGAGAUUAUCAGUUGCUGCGCAGGAUGAUAGACACUGAAGAAAGUUUCAUCGAGGUGACUGCUUUGGGCGAAGAUCUGGCUAUGGACGUAAUAAGAAUGUGGAUGAAAACAGCAAGAAGAGAUCUGAAUAAUUACCAAUGGCGUCUUGUGGCGAAUGCUAUAUCGAAGUGUUCCUUGCCCAUUUUUGUGAAGCUUGUGUUCGCAGAGAUCUGCCGGUGGCGUAGUUACACGAAACCGGCGGACACGCACCUAGCCAGCACGGUGAUGGAUAGCAUAAUGAUGUUGUUCGAGAGGAUCGAGAAGCAGCACGGUAAGAUCUUGGUCUUUCACGCCCUGGCCUACAUCACGGCCGCCAAGUCUGGCUUGUCAGAGUCCGAGCUUGAAGAUCUGAUCUCUCUGGACGACAAAGUUCUCGACGACGUCUACCAAUACCAUCUGCCGCCGGUGAGACGCAUUCCACCUCUGCUUUGGACCAGAAUACGGAACGACCUGCCCAAUUACUUGAGCGAAAGAGAGGCGGACGGUGUGAGCGUUUUGAAUUGGUACCACAGGCAAUUUAGGGAUACAGCUAAAGAGCGAUACUUCAAGAACAUGAACAUGGCGAUGUAUUUCCAUUCAAUGAUAGCGGACUAUUAUCUGGGAAUUUGGGGCGGCGGUAAACCAAAGCCUUUUAAGUACACCGAGAUACAGAGACAUCGAUUCAAUUUAACGGAUAAGGAAGGGGUGGCAGACAGAAAAGUGCCAGAGCAGCCAUUGGCAUUUUACUCAAAGGAGGGAACUAUCUCGAGAUACAAUUUGCGAAAGUUUGGCGAAUUACCGUUUCAUCUGGUAAGAGCACGGCGCUUUAAGGAUCUCUUCGAGAACGUUUUAUUUAAUUACGAAUGGCUGCACGCUAAAUUAAGCUCUUGUCCCCUACAAGCAGUGCUUUCUGAUUUCGAAGACGCGUGUAACUUCGUUGACAAUCAAAGUUUGGUCAGAGAACUCAUGUUGGUCGCUGACGCUCUGAGAUUAGGCGGUGCAAUCUUGGGAAAUCAUCCUGACAUGCUCGCGCCGCAAUUGAUUGGUCGAUUACUGCCGGAGAUCGGUGCAAAUGUUAACGUGAGAAUGUUGCUCCGAGCAUGUGAUCAAGACGGCGUCAAGAACUGCGCUUUGCUUCCUCUCUAUCACUGUCUACAUACACCUGGUGGACCAUUGAAAUACUCGUUGGAAGGUCAUCAGUUUGCAGUAUUCGGAUUUUGCUUGACUUCGGAUUAUCGUUACAUAGUAUCGAUAUCCAAUAAAUUUAUCACCUGGGAUUUGAGUACCAGCGACAUGACGAGGGAUGUCAGUCCCGGUGUGGAAGGUAUAAUGCAACGAUUGGUCUUGAGCCCGGACAACAGAUACGCCGGAGCUUUUACGACCAAUUAUCAGAGUGUCGUUUUGAACACCCUAACGAGCGAAUUCGUCGUCAUCGACAAUCCUUUACCGAACGGGGAUGCAGUGUGCGGUGUGUAUCUGAUGAAUCAGUACGCCUUUAUCUAUGGGACGCUGGGCUGGUGCAGAUUCGAUCUGCGAGGAAACCUGCUCGACACUCACACCAAUCCUGAAGAUUCCAACAAAUGGCCGAUACUGUAUGUAGAAUAUACAAAUCUGGAUCUCUACAGAAUUGUAUUCUGGUCGGGCAGCCUCGAUGACACGCGUAUGCUUUUGCACACUUACAGGAAGAAGACAUCAUUGGAGCCAUUCCAGUUUCAUAGUGCUAUGGUCAUGACUAAGGAUAAAGAUACUUUGUACGCGUGUACGAGUAAAGAUGAUUAUAGAAUCACAAAGUACAAAAGUGACGAGAUUUCAUCGUACUGGGAAAAGGUUUACGACAUGCCGCGGGCAUACAACGAUGACGUCGAGUAUCUGCUACAGCUAAAAUUGGACAGAGAGGAGGAAAUGCUAUUGGCGACGACCGGGAACGGAUUCAUCGUGUGGUUCCUGGAGAGUAAAAGCGACGCACACGUUUUGAUGUUACCGAACGGAGUGAGAAACAUCAGUACACGAAUGAUGUGUUCGAAUUCUAUCAUGGUCAGUGGCACCAAGAACUACGCUGUCGCUGGUGUAAGAAAGAAUCUGUACGUUUGGUCGCUCGAGACGUCCGAUUUGGUAAAAAUACUAGACGCGCACUUCGCGAGGAUCAUUCAGCUGGAAGCGUUGACCGUCGGGAAUUGGAAUAGCGUUGUGACGUCGAGUAUCGAUAGAAGCGUCAAGGUGUGGAACAUUAAUAACAUUUUCGAGCAGGUUCACGUCAUCGACCGACAUGAGCUGCAAAUAGACAUGUUAAGUUUGAGCGAGAAGGGUAACCUGGCCGUUACGGUUACCAGAGAUUGUGUGGGUGUUUGGGACUUGCUAACGGGUAGAUUGAUAUCAAAGCUGGCUGACAGUCCGUUAGGAGCGAUUGUCACACACGCUUGCAUCACGCAGGACAGCAAAUACAUAGUGUCGACGGAAUCGGGAAAUGUUCUCAUUUGGAAUAGAAUUACGGAGCAAGUGUUGUUCAAGGAGGAGCAGAAGAGUGUCAGGCAGUUAACGCUGAUAGAAAAUUCGACCAAGUUCAUAGUCGUUUCGAGGCCUAACAAUCCUACGGGGGUAGAAAACGUGCGGACCACGGCGACUCUCGUCGUGAGAAGUAUUCCAGAUGGUAGAACGAUAUUCUCUCUGGAGUAUCCUGUGAGAAGCAACACUGGUACAUCCUUCCGACAAGUAGUGAUAACGUCGGAUGACGCUUUUCUGGCGGUACCAGCCGCCGACAAGGGCAACAGGGACUGCGUUAUAAUUUAUAGCGCUAAAACAGGAGCGCUGAUCAGCAAAAUACCGAUCAAGUUGCCUGGAUUUAAGGAUAUUAUAUGCAUUACACCGAUGCCUAACAAGUCACAGUGGAUAGGUAUAAUUGGUUCUGAUAAGGGUACGAUUCUCGACAUUAAUAAAAAGAAGAUUAUACGUACAAUUCCAAAAUGGACCGGAAACAUCAGCAAGGACGGCAAGUACACCUUGUAUGCACCUAGCAGAGGUGGCCUCGAACUCCUAGAAUUAAAGAAAGGUACGAGCGUGAAAACCUAUAUACCAAAGGUGGCUGAGGGUGUGUUCACCGUUAUAUCAAUGUUCAAUCGUACGGACGAGUACGUUUUGUACUAUCACAGUGGCCGAAAAACCAUCAGAGUCUUCAGAUCUUUGGACUGCGAGAUAAUAGCUAAUUACAGAGUACAGGCCGAGCUAAGCGCCAUCGACAGCACGCACGAUGGCAAGAGCAUCGUUCUGGGAACGGUUGAUGGCUGCGUGUCAGUGCUGGCGAUAGCUGACCCUAAGAAGUCUGAGAUGAAAGAAUAUCUUGCAAACGUCCCAUCUCGCGACGAACAGUGGAAGAAGAAGACUGAGAAGCAUCGGGCCGCAAUAAAGUUCAAGGCCGCCGCUCGGAUUGCCCGUGUAACGCACGACCUGUCUGCGAGCGUGAAGCCGACGUUGGGAAGCGAUGUCUCGAAAACGAUCGAGACGGAAGGAGGCGCGGAGUGAACUCCGAGCAACUUGCGCGAAUUGAAAAUUAUAAUUAAAUUUUAAUUCGUUUUACUUCGAUCGUUUGAAUUUUAAUCUUCAAUUCAUAAUCCUUAAUUUUUAAUGAUUGAUAUAUGGCCAGUUUAACAAACUCCGAUGUCAGAAAAUUCAGCCGGGUCUCGUUGAAUUUAUGGCAUCGUCAACUGCAAAACUUAAAACUGAUCGCAUUAUUUUUCUUAUCUCUUUUCUGUAAAUUCUAUUUUAUUUAAGUAAGAUACAAUACUUUUAAUUAUUUUGUAGGUCAGAUGUUUAAAUAAACUAAAAAAUUACGUUAAACUAGGUUAAAAUCAGUUUUAAAUGUUGCAGUGGCAGUUCAUAAAAUUAAUCGUCUGAUUUUAUCUUAACUUAAUCGAAAUUUGGAAAACUGAUCCAAAUAGACUUGAAAUUAAUUACGCACCAUAGUUGCGCUUUCCUAAAAGCGGCAAAAAAGCUUAUUAAUAUUAAGAAAGUCGUGAUUGUUUGCUUACUCGCUCAUGGGGGGCGGAGGAGGAAGGUAGUCAUGAGCGAUGCGGAGAGAAAGAGAGGGAGAGCCCAUGGCUACAGAAUUUAUAUUACAUUUAUUUAUGUCUUUUCCUUCCGCGUAAUUCUUCUUACAAUCUCUCACGCCUGCUUUCUCACUCUCACUGUCUUUCCAUUCGAAUGGUAAAUCGGCACGGGACGAACUCGAUCUCGCUCGUCUCCCGAGGACGGUAUUCGUCUCUCGUGAAUAAACUUCUCUCUCGCGAGGACAGAGAGCUCCGCUUUUCCUAAAAUUACACUCUCGGAGGAGCGCUCAGUGCCUCCCGCGCGAUGGUAUCACCGAGACGUCGAACUCUCUCGAAGGCGUCCUGUGCACUACGCGAGAAUCGCGGACAUUUGCGAUUUCCUUCUUAAUACAAAAAGAGAUUCGCCGCCGUAUCGCCGGGAUAACGCGGAAUCGCUCGCGACGGCGAACGAGCUUCGAAACGGGAACAGGAUUGGUCGAGUCGCAAUUAUACGCGUGCUUCGCUUCGACACGAAACCAGGAUAAGACGCAUAACGUGGAAAUGUUGCCGACGUGUCUUGGGAGACUCGCCUUCGUCAAUUCGUCUUCGACAAUAGUAGAGAAUCACGAUUUAUAAUAUUACAUCUUUUUUUUCUCAUUCGAUGAAACGUAGAAUCGCAGAGAUGGUCCUCUUAUCGCGAUAACGUAUCGCCACAUAAUCGCGAAUGACAAAUACAUUGCCGAGAAGAACUGCACAAAUCGAGACCGUCCUCGAUACGCUCCAGAUAUGUCCGACGACCGUGCGUGCUUAUCCUACUUUCGUGCAACGCGUUUCUCGCCUUUUUGGAUUUUGAAAAAGCUGCUUCUGUUCUGAAACCGCUCGGACCGCUUCAUACGGGCUUGAAUCGUGUACACCGUCUUUUUCGUGUGGACGCGAGGGCUCUUUUUAGAAAGGGGGAAUCGAUCUCGAAUUAUUUGCCAAGAUACGUUGCGAUUUUUUUGUCGCUGACUGAUGAACGUAGUGCCGAUAAAAUGUAUGUGACGGAUACGUUAAUAGCUGGAAUUAAUCAGUUCAGUUCGCUUUUUCAUAAUUCUUUUUUUGUUUCUUUAGGCUGGUGACUAAUAAUUUUACGAAUUGUACGUCUGACUGUAUUUAUAAAAUGUUGCACAUGCGAUACUGUUAACAAUACUCGGAUUAAAGUUGCGAAAUUUUCGUGUC